AUGCAAUUCAAGAACUUCGUUGCUGGCGCAGCCGUGCUGCUUGCCUCUGCCCCUGCCGUCCUGGCCCUGGGAACCGCCACCGUCGUCAACAACUGCGGCUAUCCCGUCUACUAUGCAUCGGUCGGAGGCAGCUCCAACCCGAACAUGCAACAGCUCCAGGGAAGCUACAGUGAAGGCUACGGUCAGGAAGGUGUUGGCGUUUCUAUCAAGCUUGCACCCAAUGCCACCACCUCUGGACCCAUCUCUCAGUUCGAGUUCACCUGGGCCAAUGGCAAGAUCUCGUACGAUCUCUCCAACAUCAACGGUUACCCCUUCUCUGCGGGUGGCAUGCAGAUUGUUCCUUCGAUGCAGAACGACCCAAGCAACCCAACCUGCGUCGUCGUCGACUGCCCUGCCGGCGAGGCUGUGUGCACCGCGGCCUACAAUGCUCCCGAUGACACUCGCACCAUGGUGUGCAACGAGGAGGCCAACCUCGUCCUGACCAUUUGCCCCGGUGGAUCGAGCAAGCGAAGCGUCGCCGUCAACGAAGGCCAAAUCCAUUACCGCGUCCAUGCUCGUCACUUGCCAAAGAUGGCAUAG